GGUAACUGUGUCUUGCUUUAAAAAAUUAGGUUUUUUACUUUUUCUUUCUCCGGUUUAUGAAUUUUAAUUGCUAAUGCCAAGUCAUUGUCUAAAUCCCUGGCUAUGUACCCUAUUAACUUCACAAUGAUUCUAGUCUACGGAUCAAACAGCCAUAAUAGUAAGCAUGUAAAAGUUGUAAGAUCCUUUACAUUUAGGCUUUUAUUUGUUAUUCGUAUUUUAAACCCAAUAUUUCAGUUUUGUCAUAUUAUAGUCUGUGCUAUAUGUAAUCAUAAGUUAGAGAAACAGAUUUGGCUUUUCCUCUCUUGUUCUCUGGUUACGUCUUCUUCAUGGCAUCUCCUCUAUACUAAACCAUUAAGAGAAACGAAACAGAGAGACCUCUAUAGCUUUUCACGAAAUUUUCUUGUGACACAAACCAAGCUCUAGAGGAUAAAAGAUUAAUCAAAACAAUUCUGUAUACAAAUCAACCAACAUUCGUUGUUUUCAAAAAAGGGUCCCAUAACCCAAUUGUGGUGAAUGGUGAUAGCUUUGUUUUCAUCUUUCAACAUUAACACCAACCCAAAAUUCUUGAUUAUAUUUCUUGUUGUUUUUUUUUUGUAACUUUCCCUUAUAGAAACGUACAACAAGUGGGAUAGUUCCAAUACAGAUAAGAUCCACACAAACACUUUUUUUUCUUUAUCUUCUCUAUAAUCUUAUUAUAGUCUCAAUGAAGAUGCUUAGACUUAGAAAGAAGCAACAUUUGUUUUUUUUACUAUGUGUGUGGUGUUUGGUGGUGGAUUUGAGCAAGGCAGAAGCAGAGGAAAGUGAAGGAGUUCCUAUGGAGAAAACAGAACAAACUGCUCUCUACUCUACAAUUCAAGGCUUUGUCGGUGACUCAUGGAAUUGCUCAUUUCUUUAUCCUGACCCUUGUGGCUGGACUCCAAUCCAGGGUGUGACUUGUGAUAUGUAUGAUGAUCAUUGGUAUGUAACUGCUCUAAGCUUUGGGACUGUACAAGAAAACUCUCUUGCUUGUGCUGACGUUCCAGUGAUCAGACCACAACUCUUUGAGCUCAAGCACCUCAAGUCCCUCUCUAUUUACAGCUGUUUCACAUCGCCGAACCGAUACCUAGCUUCAGUCUCAGAUGAAAAGUGGGUUGAACUCUCUAAAAGCUUGGAGAGACUUGAGAUCAGAUCAAACCCGGGACUCAUAGGUGAACUCCCUUCUGUCAUCACUAACUUCACCAACCUUCAAUCUCUGGUGGUGCUAGAAAACCAGUUAACAGGUCCACUGCCGGAGAACUUGGCCAAGUUAACAAGACUGAGACGCUUAGUAUUGUCAGGAAACAAGUUCACAGGGAGAGUACCAGAGGUCUUUGGGUUAACCAGAUUGUUGAUAUUGGAUUUGAGCCGGAACUUCUUAUCCGGGUCGUUGCCCUUCAGCGUUGGAGGAUUGAAUUCACUUCUGAAACUUGACGUCAGUAACAAUUACUUGGAAGGAAAGUUACCUAGAGAGCUACAGUACUUAAAGAAUCUGACUCUUUUGGACCUUAGAAACAACAGAUUCUCAGGUGGAUUUACUAAAGAGAUCCAAGAGAUGGGUUCUUUGGUAGAGCUGGUCCUGUCCAAUAACCGCCUCGCCGGGGACUUGACAGGAUUAGAGUGGAGAAAUCUGAAGAAUUUGGUGGUUCUAGACCUCUCCAACACAGGAUUAACAGGGGAGAUUCCUGGUUCAAUCUUGGAGCUCAAGAAACUGAGGUUUUUAGGUCUGAGCAACAACAAUCUCGGAGGCAAACUCAUUCCACAAAUGGAAACCGAAAUGCCUAGUCUCAGCGCGCUCUACGUGAAUGGAAAUGACAUCAGCGGAGAGUUGGAAUUCUCUAGGAAGUUUUAUGAGAGGAUGGGAAGGAGACUUGGUGUUUGGGGGAACCCUAAUCUGUGUUAUAAGGGAGAUAAGAUCAAGAACCUUCCUUUUGGAGUGAACCAAUGUAAGAGAGUUACGGCAGAUAAAAACUAGCACCCCUCGUUUUUGUGAUAUAACAAUAACUUCUGAAUUUGAAAUGGUACAAUACAAAACUGUGGUCGUUUCAGUUUAA